UCUGGGCUUAUGGCAAGAGAGAACCAGACAAACAGCUUUGAAUUUAUCCUCUGGGGACUCUCAGAGAGACCAGAGCAGCAGCAUAUCCUCUUCCUGGUUUUCCUGUGGAUGUAUGUGGUCACAGUGGUUGGCAACCUGCUCAUCGUCCUGGCCAUUUUCACUGAUGCACGUCUCCAUACCCCAAUGUACUUCUUCCUUGCCAGCCUAUCCUGUGCAGACAUUCUCUUCACCUCCAGCACAGUGCCCAAGGCCCUAGUGAACAUCCAGACCCAGAGUAGAUCCAUCUCCUAUGCAGGAUGCUUGAUUCAACUCUACUUCUUUUUAACUUUUGGAGAUAUGGACAUUUUCCUCCUGGCUACAAUGGCCUAUGAUCGCUAUGUAGCCAUCUGCCAUCCUCUUCAUUACACAAUGAUUAUGAGUCCUCGACGUUGCAUCCUCUUGAUUACUGUUUGCUGGACUCUUACCAAUCUUGUGGCCAUGACCCACACCUUCCUCAUGUUUCGACUUUCUUUCUGCCCUAACAAAAUUAUUCCAGAUUUCUUCUGUGAUCUGGGUCCCCUAAUGAAAGUGUCUUGUUCGGACACUCAGGUAAAUGAGCUGGUUCUUCUCUUCUUAGGGGGUGCAGUCAUAUUAGUUCCCUUUAUACUCAUUUUGAUCUCUUAUAUUCGCAUUGUUGCAGCCAUCCUCAGGGUGCCUUCUGCCCAGGGAAGGCGCAAAGCCUUCUCUACCUGUGGCUCCCACCUUGCAGUUGUUGCUCUGUUCUUUGGAACAGUAAUCAGGGCUUAUUUAUGUCCCUCGUCCUCUACCACAAACUCAGUAGAAGAAGAUACAGCAGCUGCUGUUAUGUACACAGUUGUGACUCCCCUUUUAAAUCCCUUCAUUUAUAGCCUAAGGAACAAGGACAUGAAGGGAGCCUUGGGGAGACUUUUCAGAGGCAAAGUCUUCUUUUUGAAGGCUCAGUAA